GCUCGGUUUUGCAGUGAAUGUAAUACCUAGUCGUGUCGCUGUGGGAGAAGCGGUGAUGUUUGUGUUAGUGGCAGGUGCACCCAACCCCCUCCACCCCAUAGAUGACAAGCACGCGCCGCUCUCCCGUUUCUGCGAUAACUCCCCCAGGCCGCGCGGUGGCGCUGCGCCUCUGCAGAGCCCCGGGCCUCUCUCGGGCGCGCUGGCCCCCGGGGACCCUGCGGGCGGCUGCGACACGCAGGCGGCCGCGGCUCUCCCGCCUGUCACCCUGGCCCUUCUCUGCCUGGACGGUGUCUUCCUCUCCUCGGCCGAGAAUGACUUUGUCCACCGGAUCCAGGAGGAGUUGGACCGCUUCCUGCGGCAGAAGCAGCUGUCGAAGGUUCUUCUUUUCCCCCCACUCUCCAGUCGUCUCCGGUACCUGAUCCACAGAACAGCAGAGAAUUUUGAUCUCCUGAGCAGCUUUUCGGUUGGGGAGGGCUGGAAGAGGAGGACGGUCAUCUGUCACCUGGACAUCAGGGUACCCAGUUCAGAUGGCCCCUCUGGCCCCUGCCGCCCUCCUGCUUCCCACCCUGUGAAGUACCGUGGUCCUCGGCCCACCCCAAACCAGGGAGUGACUGCUGGUGCCCGAGGUGCACGGGCUGGCCGGUGGCAUGGACGCAGGCCGGACCAGCCUUUGUAUGUGCCCCGUGUGCUGCGCAGACAAGAAGAUUGGGCGCCGAGUUCUACCCUGGGGCUCAAGGGAGAGCCCCCAGCUGGCGGGCUCCUGGAAGAGCCUAGAGAAGUCGGUGCUGGGGACCCCAACUCUGAACAGGGACUCCCUGUGUUGGUGACUCAGGGAACGGAUCUAAAGGGCCCCGGCCAAAGUUGCAAGAAUGAGCCAUGGCUGGACCCCGUUGGUCCUGAGCCCCCAGGAUCCCAGAUUCCCUCAGGGAAGGGAGACACGGUGGAGAUGGCCACACAGCUUGUGUCCAGCCUGCAGCUGGGCCUGGAAGUGGGACAGGAGAGUCAGCUGGAGAAGACCAUGGUGGCAGAGGAGGGAGAGGAAGAAGAGGUGGAAGAGGAAGGGCCUGGCAGCUGUUCGGAGGACGAUCACAGUGAGCUGCUGCAGGAGAUCAUGGACAACCUGACUGAGAAGGAGAUUCAGAUAGAGAAGAUCCGAGUGGACUUGUCCUCCUUCAUGGAGGACCUGCCUGCAGAGAAGGACUUGGCCCACGUGGUGGAGAUCUAUGACUUUGAGCCAGCGCUCAAGACUGAGGACCUGCUGGCAACAUUUUCUGAGUUCCAAGAGAAGGGGUUCAAGAUUCAGUGGGUGGAUGACACGCACGCUCUCGGCAUCUUUCCCUGCCUGGCCUCAGCGGCCGAAGCCCUGACCAGGGAGUUCUCAGUGCUCAAGAUCCGGCCCCUCACGCAGGGAACCAAGCAGUCCAAACUCAAAGCCCUGCAGAGGCCAAAGCUCCUGCGUCUGGCGAAGGAGAGGCCGCAGACCAACACCGCCGUGGCCCGGAGGCUGGUGGCCCGGGCCCUGGGGCUCCAACACAGGAAGAGGGAGCGGCCUGCUGCGCAGACUCUCCUGUCGCCCUGAGCCCCCGAGGCCCAGCCGGCCUGGAUUCUGCCCCAACACCACAAGCCUUUACAGACACCAGAGCAGCCCAGCGCCACCGUGGGGCCUCCCCGUGGGGCGUGGUGGGCUUUAGCUUGGUCUAGUCCCAGAAAUUGAGAAAAAAUAAAAACUUAAGUUGUUCUAACGCAGUUGCUUCCAAAUGUAAUGGUCCGCGGUGUGACACUAGGGGGUGCUGUCCCACUUCCCACUGCAGGCCGUGGCUGCUAAAAGAAGAGGCCACUCAGGAACUUGGCCCCGAGGAUCCCAGCUGGCCUCGAGGGCCAUUGUGCCGGUUGGCCUGUUUACGGGGUGGCUUGUACCUGCUCUGUGAUACCUGCCCAGAUCCUCCAGCGAUUCAUGUGUCCCAGCCUGCUGGCGUGUGCUGCAGGGCAGCUCUAGGACACUCGGGCUGGUCCCAGUGGUGCCUGUCGCUGUGGGUUACACCAGGUGCUUGCAGAAAUAAACACUAAGCCAAGAGCCGA